AUGGGUAUAAUAACCUUAACACAUGAUGAUAAUGAUGAUGGAGAAUCAUGUUAUCAUUGGGGUACACGUAAGAUUGAGAAUAGAUUCUGGUGUAAUGGUAUAGAUCUAAAAUGGUUAAGUAUACAUGGUAGGAUUAAUGAGUUCAUUACACAACUACAACAGAUUAUGAGUGAUAUACUUACAUUGCCAAUACCCACUAUAGCCAUCAUUAAUGGACAUGCUACAGCUAAAGAUGCCCUUAGGGUUGGUAUCAUUGAUUAUAUAUUGCCUAAUUAUGAUCUCAAUAUGACCACUACCUUCAUUACGGAAGGUGAUGGUGGUCAUGCUGUACCUAUCCAUAAUAUUACUGGUAUAUCAUACAUUUAUUAUCUAUUAUCCAAUAACAUACUACAACAACAAGAACAGUCCAUAGCUCAUAUUAUAUUCGUACUACUAAUGCAACAACAACAUCAAUAG